AAGAGACGCCGGGGUCCUCUUCCGGGGGCAGCCCGCGCAGCAGGAGGCCCCUUCCUCCUCUUCGCGCCCGUGGCCAAGUGCGGCUGCCCGGGGAGGCUCCGCGGCGGCCCCGCAUGGCCUGGCUGAGCGCGCUGGCGGCCCCGCUGCGUUGGGGCUCCUGCGCGGCGGCCCUCCUGCGGCCUGCGUCCCUCGCCCGGGCGGGGCCCCCCGGCGCCGGCAUGGCCACCCUCAACCAGCUGCACCGCCUGGGCCGCCCCAAGCGCCCCCCGCCCAAGCCCGGCCCGCUGGAGGGCCGGCCGCAGCUGAAGGGCGUGGUGCUGAAGACCCUCAUCCGCAAGCCCAAGAAGCCCAACUCGGCCAACCGCAAGUGCGUCCGCGUCCGCCUCAGCACCGGCCGGGAGGUGGUCUGCUUCAUCCCCGGCGAGGGCCACAACCUGCAGGAGCACAACAUCGUCCUGGUGGAGGGCGGCCGCACCCAGGACCUGCCCGGCGUCAAGCUGAAGGUGGUGCGCGGCAAGUACGACUGCGCCCACGUCCAGAAGAAGAAGUAGUGAGCCCGCGGCGCGGGUGGCGGCUCCCCCGCUGGUCGCUGGAGGGGAGGGAAGCAGCGCCCUGGCUGGGGUUUCCCGUGGACGGGACCCCCCUCCUUCCAGAAGGGGCUCUGGCCCAUUUCAGGCUCAGCUCCUGGUGACCUCUGUGGUUAGAUGAGUGCAGCCCUUUCCUGCACACUUACCGAUUAUAUAAUAAAACUCUGAGUGUGAAAUCUGA